CACUACAAACACGACAGAGGACACUGAUAAGACGAAUGACGAAUUGCAAGCGAUUAAACUCAGUCUGUAUAUAAACACCGACGACCCAGAAAAACAAACAGCAAAUGGUACCUUGCGUGUCCCAGUUUGGUUACUUUCGCUUUGCGAGGGGCUGCCUGUGACAGUAAAGCUCGAGGUUUAAAUGUCUUCUGAAAGUCGGCAUAAAAUAAUUAAGUUUGUGACUGUUUCCUUUGAGUCGAUUAAGCUUAUUUUGGUUGUGAUUAUAUGGACACUGCUAUGGCAUGUGUGUUAAAUGCAAGUUAGAAUUUCAGGUUCUAUUAUUGCAGAAACGUUAAGAAGUCCUUGAGUUUCCAUGUGGAUUUUGUCUGAUUGCGAAACAAAUGACCUGCGUAUUUAGGGUUGCCAGCUUCAGUCAGCUGGCUGGCGUGACAUUUUCAAUUCGAGACGAGUCUGCACACAUAUUUCCAGAUCAUGGAUGCAACAGAGGUCUGUGGUGUGGACGUGUUGGUACAGGGGCUGUCACUUAGGUGUAGCCAUCACAGCAGAGGAUCUGGGGAGGAGAUGCCAUCCAGCAGUGAGGACUCCAGAGAGGAGACUUCGGGGCACAGAGAUCUAGCUGAUAGCAAGAAGCCCCAGGACAAGAAAGAGUUGGGAGAUGAGGUUAACGUACUGAUGGACGCUCUGAACACCUUGUCCAGUUCUGAGGAGAAGUUGGCAGCUUUAUGCAAGAAAUAUGCAGAUUUGCUGGAGGAGAGUCGUGGCAUGCAGAAGCAGAUGAAGGGGCUGCAGAAGCAGCAGGCGCAGAUGGUGAAGGAGAAGGCCCAGCUUCAGGGGGAGCACAGUAAAGCCGUCCUGGCCCGCAGUAAGCUGGAGAACCGGUGCAGGGAGCUUCAGCGCCACAAUAGGGCCCUCAAGGAGGAGAACACCCUGAAAUCCCGGGAGUACGAUGAGAGGCGCAAGGAGGCCACCCUCCACUUCCAGGCGACACUCAGUGAAAUAGAGGAGCAAAUGGAACAGCACAGCACCCACAACACUAGAUUGCAGCAGGAGAACCUGGAGCUGGCUGAUAAGCUGAAGAAGCUUGUUGAGCAGUAUGAGCUCAGGGAGGAGCAAGUGGACAGUGUGUUCAAGCAGAAGGAUGAAGAGCAGCAGCUGCUGGAUUCCAAGCUGCAGAAGACCACGGAGCUGCUCAGGAAGUCGGAGGAGAAGCACCUUAGAGAAAUAGACUUUCUCCUGAAGGAAGCUACAGAGUCCAGACACCUGUGUGAGCUGAUGAAGGAGCAGGAGUCCCAACUCAAGCAGCAGCUUUCCUUUUACAUGGACAAGUUUGAGGAUUUCCAGAGUACGCUUUCUAAAAGCAAUGAGAUGUUCACCGCCUUCAGGCAAGAGAUGGAGAAGAUGACCAAAAAGAUCAAGAAGCUGGAGAAGGAGACGACGAUGUGGCGCGGAAAAUGGGAGAGCAGCAGCCAGGCAGUGCUGCAGAUGGCUGAGGAGAAAACUCUGCGAGACAGACACUACGCCUCACUCCAUGCCAAACUGGAGCGACUGGAGAGGCUGUGCAGGGCCCUGCAGAAGGAACGCAAUGACCUGACUCGGAAGGUGGAAGUCCAACACGGCCCACAGACCGAGCCUGGCUUGGUUGACCUGGGCCAUUUUGAACCUGAGCCAGAAGACCCUACGGCCAAAUCAGACCCACAGCCCUCUGAAGGGGAGGUGGCAGAGAGGGGGCCUGAAAGAGGGGGGGUAGGGUUGGAUCCCACUGCGCCUGAGCAAACUUAGAAGGAUUUGAAAUUCCCUUCCCCAUCUAAGUGAAGGUUCCAGCCAACUAAAUCUGGCCCGUGGAGAGUCUUUUGUGUAGUAAAAUUUACUACGCUUUUCCUUGAAGAUAAUUAUUUUUACUCACCCUUUUUUCCACUAUUGUGUUUUAUUUAGAGAUUUUAUGCUAUUUAAGAAUGCCGUGAUUCAGAAUCUAUAGGAUUUUACUUUAGAAUUUUGUAUUUUUUUUUGUACAUUUUCCUAUCCAGCCUCAUUUUGGGUGUGCCAUAAUAAAAUGGGCAGCAUACAGAUGCAUCUAUUUCCAAAAUGAAAAUGUGAAAGAAACUGCAAACAUGAAGAAAUUUGGCUGUAUGUCUCCACUAUGAUUUUCCCAUCAGUGCUGAUGGUCAAGCAGAACAUACUGAACAGUCAACAUCAUCACCCCAUAAUCCUAUAAUUAAUUCCUCAGUUCUUAAGUGUUUUGCUGCCUUAACUUUUGACCAAUAAGAUACCAAGACAUAGAAAGAAUGCGACAGAAAAGUAUAGUUUAAAUUAAUGUAUAAAUGAACUUGUCUAUGCUGUUUGAUUAAAAAUGUAUUGUUCUUAA